UGAGAGUAAGGGAGCCACUCUGAAGGAUGGGGAAUGGAUGAAUGGCACAGUUACUGUUGACAGCACAGUAGGCAAUGACACACUAUUUCUUGUCACGUGGACAGCACAACAACCCCAAAUGUUUGUCUCAGACCCCAGGGGGAAAAUCUAUGAUACUUUUUCUGUGGAUGCAAAUUCCAAAAUGGCAUACCUCAAAAUACCAAACACUGCUAAGGAUGGAAUUUGGACUUACAGCCUUAUGUCAAAUGCACAGACCCUGACUCUGACAGUGACCUCUCGUGCUUCAAAUCCUAAUGUAACCCCUAUUACACUGGAUUGUAAAAUGAAUAAAGACACCAGCACCUUCCCUAGUCCAAUGGUUGUUUAUGCAGAAGUUCGCCAAGGAUCCCUGCCUAUUGUAGGAGCCAAUGUGACAGCCCUCAUUGAAUCAGCUGAUGGAACAACAGAGACUCUGGAACUUCUGGAUAAUGGUGCAGGUGCUGAUGCUUUCAAGAAUGAUGGUGUCUAUUCAAGGUAUUUCAGAUCCUACAAAACAAAUGGUCGAUACAGCUAAAAGUGAGAGCCCUGG